GUAACUAUUCUCCAUCCUUCUUCUCUUCCUCCUUUUCCUCUUCAACAACACAAUCAUUUCAAUUUUUGUAUAUUUUGGGACAAUUAUUUCAAAUUUCAAAACACACAACACAACACAGCCUGAGACAGACAACAAACAACUGAUAACAACAACAUGGUAAGAAAACAAAGCUGGAUCAAAUUCCAUUAAUCAACAAAACCCAAAUAACUGGUUGGGUCGGGUUCGGGUUUUUUGGAUCCGCUUCUCUGGUUCAACCGUUGUUGUUGUGGUGAUUAUAGUGUUCUCUUUCAUUUUUCUCAGCAAUUCAUUGUUCUCUAGGUUAGGUGUUCAUAAGGUGAGGUCUGAAUGGCUGGGAUUGAUGAUAAUGUUGGCCUUACUGGUGAUUGGGGUCUUGCUAGCCCAAGUCCAAGGACCUUUUUUUCCAGAAUGUUCGAAGAAGAUAGUGUGACAAGAUCAAUCUCAGAACAUUCUGGAAGUGGUAGAACUGGGGAUCUCUUUUCGGGACAUCGUGAGCCUAGUGAGACAGGGAAAGAAAACAUGAAUGAUAGGGCACAAGAUGGUGAUUCUGGAGCCCAAUUGACCGAUGUGAGUUUUCAGACCGAGCAGAAGUCGAGCUCCCGGGGUGGUCUUGUUGAAAGAAUGGCUGCUAGAGCCGGGUUUAAUGCUCCAAGGUUGAAUACAGAAAGCAUUAGAUCUACUGACCUUUCGCUUAAUCCCGACAUUCAGUCUCCGUACUUGACAAUCCCGCCUGGUCUCAGUCCUACUACACUUUUAGAUUCUCCAGUGUUCCUUGCAAAUUCACUGGCACAGCCUUCUCCAACUACCGGAAAGUUCUUGUUCAUGGCAAAUGGCAUCAUGAGGAACUCAGAAUUAUCAUCUGAUGCUCCAGAAAAAUGUAAAGAUAAUGGCUUUGAUGAUAUCUACACAUCAUCCUUUGCUUUCAAGCGUGCAACAGAUUCAGGCUCUUUUUAUCAUGGUGCUGGAAGAAAAAUGAUAAAUCCUACUACACUUCCUCAACAGUCCCUUCCUGGUAUUGAGGUUUCGGCUCAGUCUGAAAAUUCUUUUCAAUCUCAAAGUGUUGAUGCUGUCAAAGCUCAAACUGAGAACAAAAGUGGUUUUCGUCUUCAGGCCGACUUUGCUGAAUCACCUCCUCAAAAAGAUAAUGGAAUUAAGAUGUUCUCAGCUGAUCAAAGGGCUUUUGAUGUUGUUGGCGGUGGCAAUGAACAUUCUACACCAAUUGAAGAGCAAGUAGAUGAAGGAGAUCAAAGAGGCAAUGGAGACUCAAUGGCUAGUGGUGUUGGUGGUGCACCAUCUGAAGAUGGAUAUAACUGGAGAAAAUAUGGCCAAAAGCAAGUGAAGGGCAGCGAGUACCCUCGAAGUUACUACAAGUGUACACAUCCAAACUGUCAAGUGAAGAAGAAAGUAGAAAGAUCUCAUGAGGGCCACAUAACUGAGAUCAUCUACAAGGGAACACACAACCAUCCAAAACCUCCUCCAAAUCGUCGGUCAGGUAUAGGUUUGGUUAACCUUCAUACUGACAUGCAAGUGGACCACCCUGAACAUGUUGAACCACACAACGGUGGUGAUGGCGACUUGGGAUGGGCUAAUGUACAAAAGGGAAACAUAGCUGGAGCUGCUAGUUGGAAGCAUGACAACCUUGAAGCCGCUUCAUCAGCAUCCGUUGGCCCUGAAUACUGCAACCAGCAGCCCCCCAAUUUGCAGACUCAAAAUGGUACUCACUUUGAUUCAGGAGAGGCAGUGGAUGCCUCAUCUACUUUUUCUAACGAAGAAGAUGAAGACGAUCAAGGCACUCAUGGUAGUGUAUCAUUAGGUUAUGAUGGGGAAGGAGAUGAAUCUGAGUCUAAGAGAAGGAAACUGGAAUCAUAUGCAGAGUUGAGUGGAGCUACUAGAGCCAUUCGUGAGCCUAGAGUUGUUGUACAGACUACCAGCGAAGUAGAUAUCCUCGAUGAUGGUUAUCGGUGGCGGAAAUAUGGACAAAAAGUUGUCAAAGGAAAUCCCAACCCAAGGAGUUACUACAAGUGCACAAAUGCAGGGUGCACAGUAAGGAAGCAUGUGGAGAGAGCAUCACAUGACCUUAAAUCUGUGAUCACUACGUAUGAGGGAAAGCACAACCAUGAUGUUCCAGCUGCUCGUGCCAGCAGUCACGUCAAUGCUAAUGCUUCCAAUGCAGUUCCUGGCCAAGCUUCUCUUCAGACCCAUGUUCACAGACCUGAACCAUCUGAAGUUCACAACGGCAUUGGAAGGCUUGAGAGGCCUUCCCUGGGCUCAUUCAACCUACCCGGGAGGCAGCAACUAGGACCUUCCCAUGGCUUCUCCUUCGGUAUGAACCAAUCCAUGCUAUCAAAUCUGGUGAUGUCAGGGUUGGGCCAUGCGCAAGCAAAGCUUCCUGUCAUGCCUGUUCAUUCAUUCUUGGCAGCGCAUCAACAACAAAACCAACAACAACGUGCGGCAAAUGAUUUGGGUUUCAUGUUGCCAAAGGGAGAGCCAAAUGUGGAGGCUAUUCCUGAACGUGGUGGCCUUAACCUGUCAAAUGGCUCAUCAGUGUACCAAGAAAUUAUGAGCCGCAUGCCUCUUGGACCUCAUAUGUAAAAUUUUAUUCCCUGAUUCUUUAAAUAAAAACUAAUGUUUACAUCUUAUAUAUAUAUAUAUAUAUAUAUAUAUAUAUAUAUAUAAUGCCAAGGCAUACAUAGGUGGACUUUUCAUUAUUAGACUCUUUUGUAUUUGACAUUCUUCAACACAUGUCAAAGGUAUAUGUAGUUUAUUUUUCUCAUUUAUUGCAUUCAAGAAGUCCAGGUCAAUUUAAGAAUUAGUGGCUAUGACUAUGAUAGAUUGUGUUCAAUUAAGAACUUGGUAGAACCUUUAUAGUGUGUUUGGAUGGAGCAAUUCAACAGGGGAAUUCAUUUUU